AUGCUUGCCUGCCUUCAACUUCCUCACUCACCUUCCCUUCGUGUCAAACACAGUCCAGAUCCUCUGCUGUCAUAUGCAACCCUCAAUGUUGAUACGCUUAUUGAAUGUUCAAAAAAGAAAACAUAUUUCCAGCAUCGUCUCUUACCCGAUCUUGCCUGCUUUAUCCGUCACAUCUACUUUAAAUGUCAUCUCACACCAACAGUACUAGUUAUUGGACUGAUAUAUCUUGAACGUCUCAAGGCUAGUCUGCCGAGUCGAUCUCGUGGAGAAUAUGACACGCCUUACAAAAUGUUUUUGGCUGCCGUAGUCUUGGCGUCUAAAUUUGCGGAUGAUAGCAAUUCUGUCACCCACUCUGUAUAUAGAUUUGUAUCACCAUUGUAUUCUCGUAAAGAGUUGAAUGAAAUGGAGCGUUCUUUUCUUGGUGUAAUAAAGUUCAAUCUCUACGUAGAUCUCGCACAAGUAUCCUGUUUUGUUAAGAAACACCAAGAUGCAAUUGAGCUCGAAUUGGACCUUGUUUCUUGA